AAUGGAAAAGACAUAAUAAUUGGAUAGAAUGUUAAAAGAAAAAAUUGAUGAAAAUUUAAAAUAAGUUAAUGAUAUAAAGGUAAAAGAAUUAUAUAUUUAAAAUUUAUAAGCUGAAAAAACAUAAUUAGAGUUACAAAAAAAGGACUAGGAUUAUCAGAUUACAAAAUUAACUAAUAAUUUUAAAGAAAUAGAAAAAGAAUUAUGGAAAUUAAAAUCUAUUGAAUUAAAUGAAUAGCUAUAAUAGAAUAUUAAUCAGAAAGUAUCAAAGAGUCAGUUGAUUAUUUAAGGAAAAAGUUUCAAUAAUAAUAGUAUGGAUAUUGAAGGAUAGAGCUUUGGUAAGAAUUUUAAACAACUUAAUAAUAAUGAUGAAAACUAUUCGGUUUUAGAAUAUUAUAUCAAAUAAAAUAAAGAUUUGAAUAGAGAUUACUAAACUCUUCUAUUCAAACUACAAAAUUUUGAUUAAGUAUCAAAUUAAAUUAAGAAUUCCUAAAAUGUAAUAAAUUAAAACAACGAAAUCCUAUUAAAAAUUAAAAGGAUAGUGAAUAAUCCAAAUGGUAUUUCAAUCUAAGAAUUGAAAAAUAUUGUAAAUUCAAAUGAGACAAACGAUUUUUUUAAUAGAUAUUUUAAGUGUUGUGAUGGAUAAAAUGAGCUUGUUCUUUGUAAAUAAAGGAUUUGUAUAUAUCAUCUUAAUUGCUUAUAUCCAAAACUUAUCAAAUAAGGACAAUUAGCAUUGAAUAAUUGUGAUUGUGGAUAACCAUUUCCUAUUUCAAUAUUAAGAAAAGUGAAUUCUGUUGAAUCAAAAUGUAUUUUGGAUUAAAUAUUGGACCGUCAAUUAUAAAAGUUAAUAUCUUAAAUGAUAAAGGAAAAAAGAUUUUUGCUUUACAAAUGUCCCAAUUUAUUUUGUAAUUUUUAAUGGUUCUUCAGAAAGGAUAAAUCAAGUUCAAAUCAAGGAUCUUUAUCAUAUUGUCCAAAUUGUUAGAUAAAUGUAUAUUCUGAAAUAAAAUUAAAUUGA